AUAUGAGAAAUUGAGAGUACAAGAGAACACUAUUGAUGAGGGCAGUGUUGAACAUAGUAGAAAAGAGGAUGAAGGUAGAAGCAUAAGUUUGGUGAUGGAAUCGACGAAGAGGAAUAUUGCCAAUCUGAAUCUCCAAGUUGACGAGGAGGCGUCGUUACGAAAUGAAGUGUACCGACUACAACAAGAAUUGAUGAAAGAGAAAAGUAAAGUUCGGGGACUAGUCGAGGAAUUGGAGAAUCCUGAUAAUACGCAGCGAUGGCGUGCAUUAGAGGGAACUGAUCUCGAUAUAGGCGAACUCGAGGAUAAGAUCAAUACUCUGCAGAAAAGAUUGAUAAGGAAAAGUGAAGAGUUAGUGAACUAUGAUUUAGAAUUACAG